AUGUCUGGACCGUUUAAAAUCAGAGCGAUUCCAAGGCAACGCAAGAGUAAAUAUAGUGAAUUUCUUGACAUGAUUGGUUUGGGUACAACGCUCAAUAGACCAAAGGAUUACAUGGAUGUUGUUCGUGUGGCUGAAACUGAUGGUCUUUCUGCAACAGAACAUAUUCAAGAGUAUAAUGUCUGA